GAGAGAGAGGGAGAGAGAGAGAUAAAUUGCAAGCAUCCACGUUGGAGCAGCCUUAUUCAACAGGUCUAGCCAUGGAGUUCAAAGGAGUGUGUGUGCUGCUGGGAGUACUACUACUGGUGAACUGCUCACUUCAGCAGACUCCACCAAAGAAGAAGACAGUGAGAAAAGAUACAACAGCACAGGAUGCUGCAAUUGUAAACCUACAGAAACAGAUCGAUGACAUUGUCCAGGAGCUCAACCUCCUGAAGGAACAACAAGCUCUGCAGACAGUCUGUUUGAAAGGCAUAAAGAUCCAUGGCAAGUGUUACUUGGCCGAACCUCUGAGAAAACGCUAUCACACUGCCAGUGAAGACUGUAACAACCUGGGCGGUGUCCUCGGUACGCCCACAUCCAGCGAUGAGAACGACCAGCUCAGAGACUACAUCCGCCAGAGCAUCGGCCCAGAUGGGCAGGUCUGGUUGGGCUUCAACGACAUGGUGACUGAGGGCACCUGGGUGGACCAGACCAGCUCCAGCAUUACAUAUAAAAACUGGGACACAUCCAACAGCCGGUCCCCUCAGCCAGAUGGCCGCCAGUCCCAGAACUGUGCCGUCUUGUCCGUGGCCUCCCGCGGGAAGUGGUCUGACGAGAACUGUCGUGAGGAGAAGCCCUCCAUCUGCCAGUUCAACAUUGUUUGAUCAUAUUUAUCUCAUCAUAGAUUGCGCAUGGUUUUAGCUGCUUUUACAGUGUACUCUUGCUGCAGUGCCUUUUAAGUUUUAAGCCAGUGGUUCUCAGCUGGGACUAAAUUCUGCUAGAAGUCACAGUCAGUUGCAUUACAAGACAGUGACAUGUAAAGCUGUUAUUUUUGACUAAAGUGAUCUGGUGAUAUGUCAUUUGCAGCAUUCCUUGUGGUCAGAAUAAAACCAGAAUGCUCACAGUUCAGUCUAAACUAGAGAUUAUGGGACAUUGUCUCCUCCAAAGGAAUCAAUGAUUUCUGCCAUCAUUUUAAAGAUUUUAGUACAUAUAUAAAUACAACACAAUACAAUUAUAAUUUUCCAAAUAUAUAUAUAUAUAUCUAGUAUGUACCAGUACUCCUGCAACAAAAUUAGUGUGUAGGUGCUGGCACCUUUCACAAAUGUAAAAACUGGGUGUAACUUCUUUCCACACCUCUAUUACAGUACUUCCAUGACUCACUGGUUGAGAACCACUGGUUUAAAUUCAGGCAGCCCUUCACAACUACUGUAUUUUAACGACAAGACUCGCAUGGAGCCAGAAUAAUAUAAAAAAAUAACUCAAUCUUUAACCACAUUCUUUUGAUAGAUUGUUUCAGUUUGCUAGUAUUUCAGUCUCCUAUAAUGUCUAGCCUAAUGUAACCUGAAAAAUCACCAUCAAUAAACUAUGAAAACUCA